AUGCUUUACAAAGUCUUGACAUUCUCCCUUUUUGCCGGCAGCGCCCUCGCCGUCCCGGUUGAGGCUGACAUUGAGAAACGUAUCACUUGUCCUGGUGUCCACAUCUUUGGUGCGCGCGAGACCACCGUAUCCCCCGGAUACGGCUCAUCCAGCACGGUUGUCAAUGGCCUCCUUAGUGCCUACUCGGGCUCUACGGCCGAGGCCAUCAGCUACCCUGCAUGCGGUGGACAAUCGUCCUGCGGCAGCGUGAGCUACUCCAACUCAGUUGCUCAGGGCAUCGCAGCUGUCGCCUCGGCUGUGAACUCUUAUAACGCACAGUGUCCAUCUACCAAGCUUGUUCUGGUCGGAUAUUCCCAGGGUGGUGAAAUCAUGGACGCAGCCUUGUGCGGUGGCGGUGUCCCAAAUCAAGGUUACACCAACACUGCGGUACAGUUGUCGAUGUCUGCUGUGAACAUGGUUAAGGCAGCCGUCUUCAUGGGUGAUCCGCUAUACGUGGCAGGGUUGCCGUAUGAUGUUGGAACUUGUGCUGCUGGAGGCUUUGACGCACGUCCUUCUGGAUUCUCUUGCCCGUCGGCCGGUAAGAUUCAAUCGUACUGUGACUCCACGGACCCAUACUGCUGCAACGGCAGCAAUGCCGCGACCCACCAGGGCUACGGAGCUGAGUAUGGCGCACAGGCCAUCGCAUUUGUCAAGGAAGCUUCAAGCUUCAAGCUUUCUCCAUUCCUCAUGGCCUCUCACAUUCCCAACCUAAAUACCCUCCGCCGAGGCCGAGGUCGAGGCCGUGGUAUAGGUCGCACAGAAGAAACAGGACUUUCUUCUGGAAAAGACCGCAUCGUUCAAGGCACAGACAAUGACGCAAGUGUGUCCCGCCUAAGCGCCGUCGAGCUAGGAUACCUGGAGGAUGCGUACGCGGCAGCAUUGACACCUGCGGGGUCAGCAACGCGGAGAUUGCCAAUCAUUAACAGAGGAACCUACGCCCGCACAACAGCCAUCGACCAGCUUGUCGCGCGUUUCCUCGGACCGUCCUCACCGGAAAAUACACACAAAAAACAAAUCAUAUCUCUAGGCGCCGGGUCAGACACGCGCGUCUUCCGGCUUCUCUCGUCGCGCCAAACCCCGGAUUUCAUCUACCAUGAGCUCGAUUUCGCCGUCAAUACGACGGACAAAAUCCGCGCGAUUAGGUCAGCACCUAUACUGCAGCGCGCACUGGGGAUUGACUCGUCGAAAGUUUCGGAAAAAGACACUGGGGUUACCGUGUCGGUGGCUGGGGACGCGCUCCAUUCCCCCUCGUACCAUGUCCACCCGGUUGAUCUGCGGUCGCUAUCUACAUGCAGUGACCCUGCUGGAGCACUGCCAGGUGUGGAUACGGGAUUACCGACUCUGCUAAUCUCCGAGUGCUGUUUGGUUUAUCUGUCGCCCACUGAAGCGGAGCAGGUGGUUGCAUUCUUCACACAACGCCUUUUCGGCCAUGGGCACGCAGUGUCUGGGUCUAGAGACAGCUUGCAAGAAGUGCAAUCAAAUGGCGCCUCGCUUGGGUUGAUUCUUUAUGAGCCUAUUCGGCCGAAUGAUGCCUUUGGUCGUACGAUGGUGUCGAACCUUGCGGCCCGGGGGAUCCAGCUCAAGACUCUCCCUAGGUAUGCGUCGCUUGAGGCGCAGCGAGGCCGCUUCCGGGAUCAGGGCUUUGGGGAUGGUCAGGCUGCAGCUGAUAUCGAGUUUAUUUGGAAGCGGUGGGUUAAUGAGGACGAGAAGGAAAGAGUUGCUGGACUAGAGAUGCUUGAUGAGAUGGAGGAGUGGCAGUUACUUGCACGGCAUUAUUGCAUUGCUUGGGGUUGGAGGGAGCGCGAUAAUGCCCUCGCUUUUGCUGGGUGGAAGGACUUAGAGGCUCAGCAAGGCGAGUAG